AGACAAAGAUGAUGAGUGUUGAUGCUGGGUUUGUCUCAUAGAGAUGAUACUGGGGGAUGAUGGUUGUUUUGAGGAUGGCACGGUAGUUCCCUCCACUGUGAUAGGGUUUAAGAAGGAAAAUGUCGUUACUCAAGUGAAGACGGAGUCCACGGACGGGUAUAACGUGGAAUAUGAGAGAGUUAGUGAUCGCAAGCUCAACAUGCUCGAGCUUGGGCACCUCAACAAGUUUGGUGUAAUCCCAUGCGUCAUCUUCAGGAGAUCAGGAGUUUUGACUUGUAUAUUGAUGACUUCACUGCCAGUCAAAAAGCUUUGUUCGAGGAGCUCUUCCAGGAGGGUGAUCUGGUGGAUGUCUCUGGCACAACCAUUGGAAAAGGGUUCCAAGUUGCAUGCAGAUCCAGGAGGCCGGCUGAAAAAUGUAGAAGUACUAGAAGGUUUAUUUUUUUUGACAUCACCUCCUUCGUAAGUACGAGCCUAACAAGCUGGAAGAACCCCAGGGCAAUAAUCUGCAAGACUCCUUUCGUAAGAGAAGGCACAAGAUCAGACAACCAACAGCAACAUCAGACCUGCAGGAAGACAAAAACAAGUAGCAGUUGGUGGUGCAAGCCGUUGGCAACAAAAGGACAAGAGUUCGUAAUUAAUGAAGUGUACUUGGGAAUUACCUUGAGUAUAUAGGUAGUCAGAGAAGGAAGGAUGGGGGUAUUGUAUUUUGUGUUGAGAAUAGAGAUUAGUAGCCUCAAGCUACCAACUUGGAGAUUUGUGGCCUAAAGUCACUUCUUUUGUAUCGUGCCCUUGGGCAACUUCUAUAAAUCCAACCUUUCUCUUCUCUUA